AUGACAGAAUGGGGGGAGAAAUCUACAACAGACCUUAUGAGCAAGUAUGUGGCCAAAGAGUCAGGCUAUGGCGUACCUAAGGAGGGAUGGAGAAUUUGUUUGGCCCACGAGUUCAAGGAAAAGAGGACACCUUUUCAAGCAAAAGAUGUAUCACUUUCUCACAUCUUUGAGCAUGUUGGCCUUGGAAUCAGGUAUCUGAAAUGGUGGUACAAAAAGACCCAGGUGGAAAAGAAGGCUCCUUUUAUCGAUAUGUUUGGAGCUCAGCCAUUACGACAGAUUUAUGGUGUUCCACUUGGUGGUAUCGGAGGGGGGACCAUCACUCGGGGCUGGAAAGGGGAUUUUUGCAGGUGGCAGCUCAAUCCUGGCAUGUACACCUACAAAACGGUUACAGUCAACCAGUUCACAGUGUGUUUGCGGCGCAAUGGACAAACCCUGUACCAGCAGGUGUUGUCUGUGGAGCGGCCACCCACUUUACAAGGCUGGAACUGGGGAUAUUGUGGAGAGUAUGCCUUCUACCACGCCCUGUAUCCGCGGGCCUGGAGUGUCUACCACCUGCCAGGUCAAAACGUCACACUCACUUGCCGCCAGGUGUCCCCGGUCCUCCCACACGACUAUAAGGACUCCAGUUUGCCAGUUGCCAUAUUUGUGUGGGACAUUGAGAACAAGAAUGAUUAUGAUCUGGACAUUUCCAUAAUGUUUACUGUGGCUAACGGGUCAGGCCAUAAAAGCGACAAGUGUGGGGGGCACUGGAAUGAGCCCUUUCACUUGGAGAAGGACGGUGAGGCGGUGUCUGGGGUUCUGCUGCAUCACUGUCCCGCAGUCAACCCCUACACACUCAGUGUAGCAGCCAGAGAACAAGCACAUCGAGAGGUGAGCUACCAAACUGCAUUCAGCCCCAAGGGGACAUGUAUCAGCCUGUGGACUGACCUCAUCACUGAUGGAAGACUCAACUCUCCCACAGGUUCUAGUCCCCCCACUUCUAAAGGGGAAAAAUUGGCAGCAGCACUGGCUGUGGGCUGCUCUGUGCCUGCUCAGGGACACAAGUCCCUGGAGUUCUGUUUGGCCUGGGACAUGCCCAAAAUCAUGUUUGGCUCCAGAGAGAGGCAACACGCCAGGAGAUACACUCGUUAUUUUGGGAUAGAAGGAGAUGCAUGUCCCUCACUCAGUCACUAUGCGCUAACACACUACAAACAGUGGGAGAAGAGUAUUGAGGAGUGGCAGAAUCCUGUUCUUCAAGACUGUUCUCUUCCCUCCUGGUACAAGUCGGCUUUAUUUAACGAGUUGUACUUUGUCACGGACGGAGGGACGGUGUGGACUGAGCUCCCAGAGGACGCUGAUGUCAGUGGGGGCCUCCGCUCUGAGGAUGGUGGCCUUCCCGCACAACCUGAUGUCAUGAAGGAAUACGGACGGUUUGCAUAUUUAGAAGGUCAAGAAUACCGAAUGUACAACACUUACGACGUGCACUUCUAUGCUUCUUUUGCACUGAUCAUGCUUUGGCCCAAACUCGCCAUGAGUCUUCAAUAUGACAUCGCCGGGAGUGUGGUGCAAGAAGAUCUGACCGAGCGGCUCCACUUGAUGAGUGGACGUUACUCUCUUGUCAAAGCAAAGAAUGUGGUUCCUCACGACAUCGGAGACCCAGAUGACGAGCCAUGGCAAAGGGUGAACGCCUACCUCAUCCACGACACUGCGGAUUGGAAAGACUUGAAUCUGAAGUUUGUUCUGCAAGUUUACAGAGACUUCCACCUCACUCAGGACCGGCAAUAUUUACAAGACAUGUGGCCCAUCUGCAAAGCGGUAAUGGAAUCAGAGCAGAAGUUUGACCUCGACGGAGAUGGGCUGAUUGAAAACUCUGGAUAUGCUGACCAGACGUAUGACGGGUGGACGGUGACUGGACCAAGUGCAUAUUGUGGGGGCCUCUGGCUGGCGUCAUUGUGUGUUAUGUGCAAGAUGGCAACACUUUUGGACAACGACGAAUCGUAUAAAUACUUCAAAGACCUGCUGGACAGGGGAAGCGCUGCUUAUGAAAAACGCCUGUGGAAUGGCAAGUACUACAACUAUGACGGCAGUGGGCGGAGCCAUUCCAACAGUGUCAUGUCAGACCAAUGUGCAGGACAAUGGUUCCUGAGGGCAUCUGGAUUAGGAGAGGGAGAAUUUAAGGCAUUUCCUGUUGACAAGAUACGCAGCGCACUAAAGGCUGUGUAUGACUUGAAUGUGAUGAGUUUUGCGGACGGUCAGAUGGGAGCCGUCAAUGGCAUGCGUCCAGAGGGAGUCCCUGACCGCUCCAGUGUCCAGUCCGAUGAAGUCUGGAUUGGAGUGGUCUACGGCCUGGCAGCUACAAUGAUCCAUGAGGGAAUGCGGAGUGAAGGCCUGCGCACAGCGGAGGGGUGCUACCGGACCGCGUGGGAGCGUCUGGGCAUGGCCUUCCAGACUCCUGAGGCCUACUGUGAGAAGGGCAUCUACCGCUCCCUGGCCUACAUGAGGCCGCUCAGCAUCUGGGCCAUGCAACUAGCACUCAGCUCGGCCCACGACAGUCCGACCGCCGCCGCUGCCGGAGAUGUCUGUGUGCAAGGACGCUUUUAA